AUGGAGACGUACAAUGGCUUCAUCCGCACACCAGCGGACGCAAUCCUCCUCAUCCAAGCCUGCUACAACGGAUUUCUCCCCCGAGUCCAGAAACGAUUAUCCCCAAAAGAAGGCCGAUCAAUCCGAAACGGCUCAGUAUUCAUCUGGGAAGAACACGAAACGGGACUGAGAAGAUGGACCGACGGAAGAAAGUGGAGCGCAAGUCGAGUAUCCGGACGAUUCCUUAUCUAUCGAGAGAUGGGACAAAAGCCCAGGGACGAGCCUGAGGCCGAACCUCCAUCCGACCCCGGAAGAAACCAGGAAAUCUCAAGCAGCAAUAGAGAUUUCCGAUCAGUCGUCGGGAUAAACGAUGGCCAAUGUUCUGAACAACCCAUUGGCAUGCCACAGCUCAUGAAGCUUUCGUUCAGCAUUACCAGCCCUACCGGUCAUAACUGGCAUCUCAUUAACUAUUAUCACCAAUUCGAGUCAUCGUCUGAUAAUUUACGACAACCCAUACACGACCCUUCUCUCAAACAUAUCUGUCCGCAAAAAUCGCUCUUUCCUCAGUCGCUUGUCAAUGAUCGGCAGAAUUUCGCUAUAUUCUCGAAGGGGUCUUCGCCUGGGACAAAACUCCUACAACAAACGAAUCAGAGUUGCAAGAUAUGUGGUGGCUGCUAUCGACAGCAAGUUUCGUCAAGACAGAUUGUUGGGGAUUCGAAUGAUUCGUCAUAG